GGAGCUCUCCCGUAGGAGCGGGCAGGCGAGCGGAGCCGCCGGGCGCUGCCCAGCGCAGCCCCCCCGGAGCAUGCGAGGGCAUCGGGGGGGCACCCACCUCGCUGCCCCCACCCCGGGUGGGUCGGCUACGGGGCUGAGAGGCGGCCAGAGGCUGUGGUGGGGAGGGGGACGAGGAGGGGAGCGUUCUGCCCACCCUCCAACCCUCCAGCUUUGCCCCCGGAGGGGCGUGGGGGGGAGAGAGGUGCCGAGCGAGUUUUGGAGGGGGCCGUGGGGAUCAUGUCGGGGGGUUUGAACCUCGGCAUCGCUUUCUCCUCACCCUCCAUGGAGCCCGGACUUUUUUUACAAUGACUUUCCCUAUGCUGAGCAAUGGCAGCUUGAGUGGGAACCGGACGGGACAGGGCAGCCAGAGCGGUACCAACCAGUCCUGGGGGCUGCAAGGUGAGGAGACCCCCGAGGGCAACGGCACCGCGCUGACUUUCGCUUUGGAUGUGCAGACGGUGGGAGUCGGGGUCUUCCUGGCUGUCUUCAUCCUCUCGGCCAUCGUGGGGAACAUCCUCGUCAUCCUCUCGGUGGUUUGCAACCGGCACCUCCAGACGGUCACCAACUACUUCAUCGUCAACCUGGCGAUCGCCGACCUGCUGCUCAGCACCACCGUGCUGCCCUUCUCGGCCACCUUGGAGGUACUGGGUUUCUGGGUGUUUGGGCGGAUCUUCUGCAACAUCUGGGCAGCUGUGGACGUGCUGUGCUGCUCUGCCUCCAUCAUGAGCCUCUGUAUCAUCUCCGUGGACAGGUACAUCGGGGUCAAGUACUCCCUCAAGUACCCCACAAUCAUGACCGAGAGGAAGGCUGGGGUCAUCCUCGUGGUGGUCUGGCUCUCCUCCAUGGUCAUCUCCAUCGGGCCACUGCUGGGCUGGAAGGAGCCACCACCACCGGAUGAAAGCAUCUGUAGCAUCACGGAGGAGCCGGGCUAUGCCCUCUUCUCCUCCCUUUUUUCCUUCUAUCUGCCCCUCAUGGUCAUCCUGGUGAUGUACUUCAGGAUCUACGUGGUGGCCAGGCGGACCACCCAGAGCUUGGAGGCAGGGGUCAAGAAGGAGAGGAAUAAAUCCAUGGAAGUGGUGCUGCGCAUCCACUGCCGCAGCGUGCUGGAGGAGCAUCUCUCCAGCACCCGGAGCAAGGGGCACAACUUCAGGAGUUCCCUUUCUGUCAGGCUCCUCAAGUUCUCCCGGGAGAAAAAAGCAGCCAAGACUCUUGCCAUCGUCGUGGGAGUGUUCAUCCUCUGCUGGUUCCCCUUCUUCUUCGUCCUGCCUUUUGGUUCUUUUUUCCCAUCUCUGAAGCCCUCUGAAAUGGUCUUCAAGAUCAUCUUCUGGCUGGGAUACUUCAACAGCUGCGUCAACCCCAUCAUCUACCCUUGCUCCAGCAAGGAGUUCAAGAGAGCUUUCAUCAGGCUGCUGAAAUGCCAGUGCCAGAGGAGAAGAAGACCCAUCUGGAGGGUCUACGACCACCAUUGGAGAGGAGCCUCCAUCAACAGCUCGGGGCAAGACCCCGAGACAGACCCGAGGCCCAGGAUUAGCACCCUCAACAGCUCCUUCAUAUUGAACUCCUCCUUGCAGGAGAGAGCCAGCAAGAGGAGGACACUCAGCUUCAAGGGCUGGAAAAUGCUCACUCCUUUCCAGAAACCAGCAUCCACCCAGCUGAAGGAGAAGAUGAACAGCCUCUCCAACAAAAUCCGGGGUGGCUCCAGCAAAGGGGGGGUGACAGCCACCUACAAAACAGAGGUGGAGUCUGUCUCCAUUGGGAUCCCUCAGGAUUUUGUGGAGACCAUUGACUUCCAAACCUAUGAGCUACCAGAUUGCUGCAGGCUCCGGGAAACAGAUAUCUGAAGGCACUGGGACAGCUCUUGAUGGUUUCUGUAGAUCCAGAUGGCUGAAAAACGAAGGGGUGGCACCUGUGGGUCUGUCAGGCAGAUGGGGAGCAGCAAUCAGGUAGAAAAAUGCAGUUGCCCAAAGGUUUUCUGAGCAUCUCCCAUCCCUUCUCUGGGAUUCUGGGUUCCUCCAAAUAAAAUAAAAUAAAGAAAAAAAAAAGGUGGAUUCCAUUCCAAUGGGCCUCAGCAUUGAGGGGAAGAUGGAGGGUGGCUAUGGCCCUAGGGCAAGAGCUGCUCCCUCCAGUGGGUGUUUAUUUUUCACCCUGGAAGAAGCUGUGAAAUUAAAGGAAAUCAGGAUGUCUCCUUUGCCUUAAAAACACCACCAGAAAAAUCGAAAGGAAAGGUGAAACCCCAAAAGAUGCCAACCCUGCCUUAGUACACGUGGUCCUGUGUCCAUCCAGAGGCAGCACCCAGAAAGGACUCAGCAGAGCAGCAGCUGGCAGCUGAUCCUUGGGAUAACAGGUUGGGAACCUGGAGGUCUUACAGGGCUGGGCAGGACCUCCAGCUUUGGAGAGUGAGCAGCCUGUGGCAUUCCCAAGCAAGGGGAGGAGGAUUUGGGCUCUCAGCCAUCAUGUCUGGCAUGACCACAGCUUUCCCCCCACAUGCUCCCCCAUGACCAUGCAGAUGUACGUGUAGACACAUCCCCACUGUGCUGCAUUUACAUCUUUAAAUGUCCUCCAAAACAGCAGAAACUCUCCCACAAAUGAAGAUUUUCCAGGGGCUUUGAGCAGUUGCUGGCAAACAGUUCACUCCCAGGAAUGAGUUGAAAUCAUUACUUACCCUUUUUCCUUGUAAAUAUACUUCUUUCUUCUUUUUUUUUUCCAAUUUUGAAAGAUUUACAUCUACAGCCCCCCAGCCCCUUGAAAGCCUCCAGAAGGAAAAGUUUAGCCUGGAGGUUUGUUGCCUCACCAUCCCAGUUCUUUAUAGACCUACAGGGGAGAAAAUGAGGAUAAAACCUAUUUAAGCCCACAGAUGAAUGCCCAAACUCUGGCUCAUUUACUCACUGCAUUUGAUCAGGCCCCAGGAGAUUCCUUAGGAGAUGCUGUAGGAAAGUCUUGAGCUCUCUGUGCUGCAUUCAGGCAGAAUUCUUCUUCUCCCCUUAGCCUGGGUCUCCAUUUUAUUGAGCAUCCUGCAGCAGGAGAAGCAUCACCAGGACUGGGUUCUGAGGCUCUUCAUGUAGAGCUUCAUUUAGAGAAGAUGGAGCUGCCUUUGCAGGCAGGGGAAGAAGGAGCACAUUGGAGGAAACACGACCUGAGUGCCUCCAGUUGUGCUUUUCCCUCUGAUUCCCAUCAUCUCCAAGCUCUCAAGUUGGGAGAAAUGGGCUCAGAGGAGGUCAAGUUGUUCUGCUCCCACCUCCUCCUCCUCCUCUCCUGGCUGUGACCAGCUAAAAGCCUGGCCCUAAUUCUCCCAGUUUCCCCAGGAGCCCUUUCCCCAAAACACCUGUACCUUGGUUACCCAGGUGCUCUGACCUCAUGCUGUUGCUCUGACAUCACUAUUGCAUCAUCAGCCCUUGCUGUGACAUCACUAUUACAUCAUCAGCCCUUGCUGCUUCCACCAAGCCAACGUGGAGGAUGCUGAGCAGCAGCUUUGCCAUCACUGAUCUGUCCUGAGUCCUGGAUUUAAGGGGGGGGAAAAAAAAGUCCCUGACAGCUUGAGCUGGACUGCAGUUGGGUUGCAUUCCUAUUGUUUACAGUGUGUAUAUAAGUGUACAUUUUCUUUAGCAGACCUUGGAAUUUUGUAUGUAUAGAUUUUUAUUUUUCAUCCCUGGAUGUAUUUAUUAGCCAGAGUAUUUCUGUUUGGUUCCUUGGAUUGUUUUUUGUUUAUUUGGGUGUUUUGGUUUUGGUUUUUUGGGUUUUUUUUUUUUUCUGUCAGGUUGAUGUAAGCUCUAUGAAACAGAACGCACCGAUUUUUGUUUGUUUGUACCAAAUACAUGCACAGAUCUGU